UGCUGGGCUUGUUCACAUAAUAGCCGGCGGGUGAAGGCGUGGUAACUGUGGCUCGAUACGAGGCGUGUGUGUGUGCUACAGUAUCCUAGUACCGGAGGAUGAACAUGGACAGCGGCUGCACGGCGGCUCUCCUCCCUGGUAAAAGCGGCCGUGGAGAAAGCUGAACGAAGCUGAUCAAUAUGCAGGGGAAGCCUCACGUUAUCAAUACCAAAAGCAGGAUAUAAGGAGUGCAAAGAUGACUGAGGGCAAACUGUGCCAAGUGCACUUAUUGGAUGACAGGAAGCUAGAGCUGCUGGUUCAGCCGAAGCUUCUGUCUUAUGAACUCCUUGACUUGGUUUCCUCCCACUUCAACCUCAAAGAGAAGGAAUUUUUUGGUCUGGCCUUUUUUGAUGACAAUGGCCAGUGUAAGUGGUUGCAGAUGGACCGCAGAGUCCUUGAUCACGACUUUUCAAAGAAGCCCGGGCCCAUUGCCCUGAAUUUCUUGGUCAGGUUUUAUGUGGAAAACAUAACACAACUUAAAGAUAUCAUAACAGUGGAGCUGUUCUACCUGAAUGCCAAAUCUGCUGUCUACAGUGGGAUUAUUGAAGUGGAAAGUGAUAACGUCUUCAAAUUAGCUGCAAAUGCCUUGCAGGAGGCUAAAGGAGACUAUACAAGUGAUGAAAACACUCGAGCUGAUUUGAAGAAACUACCUACUCUUCCCACCAAAGUACUCAAGGAACACCCAUCUCUUGCAUACUGUGAGGAUCGAGUUAUUGAAUAUUAUAAGCAGCUGAAAGGUGUUUCUCGCGGACAGGCCAUUGUGCAGUAUUUGACGUUGGUGGAAUCACUGCCAACGUAUGGCGUCCAUUAUUAUGAGGUUAAGGAUAAACAGGGGAUCCCAUGGUGGCUUGGAAUCAGCUAUAAGGGCAUUGGCCAGUAUGAUCUCCAGGAUAAAUUAAAACCUCGGAAGCUGUACCAGUGGAAGCAGCUGGAAAACUUGUACUUCCGUGAGAAAAAGUUUGCCGUAGAAGUUAAUGAUCCACACAGGAGAGCGGUAACCAAACGAACCUUUGGGCAGACGGGGCUACUCAUCCACACGUGGUAUGCAAGCCAUUCUUUAAUCAAGACCAUUUGGGUCAUGGCUAUUAGUCAGCAUCAGUUCUACUUGGACAGAAAGCAAAGCAAAGCUAAACUCGGAACAACAAGAAGUUUAGAGGAAAUUGCAAUGGACCUCACAGAGCAUGGAGGGGCGAAAAUAAACAGACUGGGUGAUGUGGGCCUUAAGAAUAACUUCAUAACAGCCAGCAAUGGGAGUUUGGUAUCUACAGGUUCAGCAGACUCUGAAAUGAGUGAAGAGCAAAAGAAGGAAAAACUCACUGAACUAAGAAAAAAGGAACAGGAGAUUCAAGAUAUUUUGGCUAAGAAAACAAAAGAGCUGAAGAAGAUCUGCCUGAGAGAGGCGGAGCUUACCGGCAAACUGCCAAAAGAGUAUCCCCUUUCUUCAGGUGAAAGACCACCACAGGUCAGACGGCGAGUUGGCACUGCUUUCAAGUUAGAUGACCUUUUUCCCUACAAUGAGGAUCCCAUCCUGAGAAACCUGGAGAGCAGAUUUGCCCUUCAGCAGAAGAUUGUGGAGGCGGCUAAGAAGCUCGCAAAUGAACCAGAACUGUGCAAAACUGUUAAGAAGAAAAGAAGGAGAAACUGUUUGGAUGCUAUGCAGAAACUGCAACAGAUAGAGGAUGAGAUGAACCAGUACAGAAUCAAGAAGGGGAAAAAGCCCACACAACGGUCCUCAGUCAUCAUUGCAGAUGAACUCGCUCGUUCAAACUGCAGCUCUCUGUCUAGUCUCCCGCUGGAUGAUGAUGAUUCAGACAGUCUCAGUCAAAGGCCACGCUCACGGUCAGUCCAAGGAUCCCCUCAACUAAGUCCAAUGCGAUCACUGGGAGCAGAAUUUGAUUUGGAGAGACAGGCAUCUCCACGGGAUAAUCACCACAACAAGAACCACAACAGAUUAGCUGUUGAUGGCCAGGAGGCUUCCAAUUACUACCAGAAUCCAAGAGAGGUCUCCUCCACCCACAGUAGUCCCUAUAAAACCCUUCCCAGACCUCCUAGAGAUCCUCGCAGCAUGCCUCCCACCCCGGUUAUGACCCGCAAUGCCUACAGCAGCAGUCAGCUCAGGUUGGAGGGAUCUCCUCAUUGCUUCAGGCAUCGCAGUGGAAGUCUGGAGUCUCAGCCUCGGCUGAGAAAAGACAGAGAUUCAGAGAAGCCCGUCUUUAUCUUGUCACCGGCCCACCGCAGCAACAGCACAGAGGUAUUAGAAGACUGCUCCUCUUACACGAGCCAGUCAAGUCUGGACUACUGCGGGGCUGCCAACUCCCACUACAGUACACUGGACUCCCGUACCUCAACCAUGCAUCGUCUUCACAGAAAAGUAGAAGUGUAUGGUAAUACUGGGAGCAUGCCAAACUUGGUCCAGCACCAUUCUGGUUGUAGUUAUUCAUGUGAGGCCUCACCACACUAUGCACCCAGUGCCUACUAUGUUGCCGGCUACCCCUGUCCGGACAUGGAGCCUUAUGCUAAUGGUGCCUAUGUAUAUGAGAAUGAAGUCGAAGGCCACUACAACGUCAACCCAUCCUACCAAAUGAAUGGGUAUCACGGACAUGACAGAUUCAGGCACUACAGCAGUGAUGGGGCGGAUAAUCUUUCUCAGAAUCCAUACGCAACAGUGAGGCCACCACGGACCAGAGAGGGGCCUAGAAAUGAGCUCUUGGCCAAGAACAUGCAGAAGGCCCUGGUUGCAGAGCACCUGAGAGGCUGGUACCACCGAAACAGAGGCCACAGGGAAGGAGGGAGGGGAUUACUGGCUGGAUAUGACUUUGACAGUGGCUCUCAGCUCAGCUUGGGAUAUCAGACCAUGCCGGCGGCCUUCAGCCACUCGAGCCGAGCCACCUCUUUCUCUUCAGUUUCCUCAGCAGAGAGCACAGGGAACUGGCGCAACCAGCUGGCAGUCGGCCUGACAGAGUUUGAUGCACCUGACACACCUCAGUACCCUCAUCCUGGAGCUUCAGCAUCCCUGUACAACCGCAGUCCCACACAUAACAGAAAUUCUCCAGAAAACAAAGAGUCUGACACAAUGCCCCAAAAAUGUGAGUCAGUAGAUGUGGUUGGCGCUGAGGCCACUAGUGCAGCUGAACCAUCAGACAACCUUUCUAGCACUUAAGGAUUUUACCUUGAUGGGAGCUACAUGAGCAUCCACUGAAGAGGACCAAACCAAACUGUGGCA